UAUGUUUAGAAACAGGAAAUACUUCUGUCAGUCCAUAACAUUUUAUCAAUAAGAACAAUUACUAAAUAAGGUGUUGAAAGACUGUGAAGACUGCUUUAAAUAAUUAGAUUAACAUGGUAAAUCUAUAAAGAGAGAAACUAAAGAUAUGUUCAUUAAAUUUACAUAAGCUAAAGUAUAUAUUCAAUACAAUAAUUAGUUAUAAGAUUAAAAGAAAUUAUUAGAAACUGAUUCUGUUGGUGUAUUUUAGAUGCUUUUAGACAUAAUUGAAAAUGUUGCACAUGAUAAACCUUUAAUGACUUAUAUUUUAACAACAAUUGAUGCAAUAAUAUCAGGUAUAAAUGUGUAAUUACAUAAUAGAGAAUUAAAGACUUUUCAAAUAAUUCAUUAGAGCAUUGACACCAUAGGUUGUACCUAAAUUGAAAUAAUUCUUAUUUCUUGAAGGAUAUGAUAAAGUUGUUUAUGAAGCAGCAGCAAAGAUAGUCACAAUGAUAAUAGCAGAAGAAGGAGGAAAUGAUGCAAAAGAAUGGGUAAUAUUAUUUAUUGGAGGAAUAGGUAUAUUAAAUAUAUCAAUAUAGGAAAUAAGUUAAAGAUUUCUGAUUAAAUGAUUAUGCCAAUAUGUGUACAUUUUCUUAAACAUGAUUCAUUAGCAGUAUAAUUUAUAAAGAGUGGUGGAGUUAAAAUGUAAUAAAUAAUUAUAUAUAUAUAUAUAUAGAAUAUCAAAUCUAUUGAUGAAAUAUCCAACUGAUUUACAUAUAGCUUAUUAUACAAUUUUGGCAUUAUGGUUAUUAAGUUUUACUAAUGAAUCAAUUCCAUUAUUCAAUGAUCCUUAAAUUGGAUUAAUUAGAAUGAUUAUAGAAUCAGUGUAAAAGAUUUCAAGAGAAAAAAUAUUAAGAGUUUCUUUUGCUUGUUUCAAGAAUUUAGUUGAUGUUUCAGCAUAAUGUAUUGAAUUAAUGGUUGAUAAUGGAUUAAUCAAAGUGGUUGAUUUAUUAUUAAAAGGAAAUCUUAAAGAUUAAGAUUUAAUAGAUGAUAUUAAAUAUGUUGGUGAAAUAUUAGAAAAGAAUAUGAAGAUUUUAACGUAAAAUAUAUUUAUAAAAUAUAAUAAGUUCAUUUGAAAAAUAUGUAAAAGAAUUAAAUGCAUAAAAUUUGAAUUGGAGUCCAGUACAUACAGAGAAAUUCUGGAAGGAGAAUGUCAAGAAGUUCGAAGAGAAUGAUUUCUUACUUAUUAGGUAAUUCAUGUGAGUAGAGUAUAGGAAAUUAGCAGAAAUCUUAAAAUCAAAUAAUAAUCAAAAUAUAGCUGUUGCUUGUUAUGAUUUGGGAGAGUUUUGUAGAUUCCAUCCAUUUGGAAAAGUGUAAUAUUAUUAUAUAAUAUUAAUAGUGUUUUAGAAUAAUUGAAUGCAAAAUAAGAAAUAAUGAAAUAAGCAAGAAGUGAUGAUUAAAUGAUUAGAGAAAAUGCAUUGUUAUCAUUAUAAAAAAUUAUGUUGCAUAAUUGGUAAGUUUGAG